AUGCCAACGCAAUCGGAGACGAAUUUACCUGGCGAUGAAAUAGCGAUCCCCGACGGCAUGCUGAAGGACCAAUACGGGCUGAUGGCGAUCGCCUCCUACCUGCGCCUACCUCGCGAGUCGCCCACCACGAUGUUAGCCCUCGGGAUGAACCUGGCGUCGCUCGGCAUGGAAUUGACAUCUCCGGCACCUCAGAAAAACACGCUGUUGCUGCGCCGCUUCGGCGGCCCGUUCGCCAACUUCCCGGCCCGACCUUUCGAGAUCGACGUCGAGACGCCGCCCGCCUACCGAUUCUCCACCAACCUCCUCCACCGGCUCGCCGGCCCGCAGCUGAACAAGCAGCACGAAGACGUCCUCUUCUACCUCUUCUACAACAUGACCGGCGAGGCAUACCAGCUGGCUGCUGCGGCCGAACUUUACGCGCAAAACUGGCGCUAUCACAAGGUGGAAUGCAUCUGGUUGACGCGGAACAAGUUUGCAAACUUUCUCGACCAGACGGGCUCGUCGGAGCGCGGCACGUACACAGUUUUCGACCCGGUCCAUUGGGCAAAGGUACAGCGCCCGAUGCACCUCGUCUACAGCGAGCUGGCCGAGCGCCCGGUGGUCGACCCGCAGAUGCUGAAGGAACACGGCUGCUCGGAGCAGCUGAUAAUCGACGCCCAGUCCGUCGUCCUCGCCAACCACCUCCAGCAGCAGCAGCUCGACCCUAAACUGCCU